AUCACUCGUAAUACCUAAUUAGCUACACGUUGGUGAAUUGAACAAAAAUUGCAAUAAAUUUGAAUAUUCGGUAACUUAAACGUACUUAAGUACGUCGUGUUGUUUGAAGAUUAUGAUGGCUGCUACGAUUUAAAAUAUGAUUCGAUUUACUGGCUUGGUUAAAGAAGUGUUUUACACAUUCAUCGUUUAUCAAGUGUUCAUAUCGAUCGGAAUUGGAAGGAGCUACGUAGUAUUUCUAUUUCACCAAUUGGAUCUUCCCAAUUCUCAGAUCAUUAUUAAUGAUGAACAAAAAUCUCGAAUCGCAAGCUCGAUAGGAAUUUUAUCUCCGUUAGGAUGUAUUUUUUCUGGCGUUUUAAUGGACUUUUGCGGAAGAAGACUGUUCUUCUUCGUAACAUUCAUAUCGCAAAUCAUUUCGUGGGUUAUGAUAGCUUUGGCGAGAAACUACGAUAUGCUGCUUAAUGGGAUGAUCAUUCAAGGAAUCAAUCUGGGAAUGGGCUACAUUGGUAGCAUUUACAUACCUGAAAUCGUACUACCAUCACGGCGACGAGCUUUUCUGGCAAUUCUAAGCAUUUCCUUCAAUCUAGGUGUAACAAUAUGCAACACAUUGAUGUAUUUCGUUCCGUGGAACAUUGCAGCCUGGAUUUACGCAACAUAUUCGUUAAUUUGCAUGUUUUCUAUGCUACUUCUAUCCGAAUCUCCGGUAUGGCUUUACACCAAAGGAGAGAAAGAGACCGCCAUUCAAACACUCUGCUCACUCAGAUGCUCAAAUGUAGACACCAUCCAACACGAAAUCGACGAUUUGGAGAAAUCCAGUCAUCUGAAAUCCAAGACUUCGACAUUUACAGGGUUACUGAAAAAUAUUCUAGGUGCUUGGAAACCGUCACUUAUCGCAAUUAGUUUACAAGCUCUGUUUCAAAUGACAGGCUACAUGAUGCUAUUUGGAUACACGAUUGCAUUUUUCGACCAAUUAAGAGUACCAAUUGAUAGUUCGAAAUUUGCUGUUACGUAUUCGAUGGCUGGUAUCAUUGGUUCUGUAUGUGCGCCUUUUUUUAUGCAAAACAUGAACCGCCGAACUCAAAUGUUCUCAUGUGCAUUCGUUAUGGCAAUAUGUAUCAUUGUGGUAGGAAUCUACGAAGGAAUUUUUUACAAUCGAAGUGAUAAAAUGUAUCCGUACAUUGUAUCGCUGGCAUUGUACGUAUACGCGUUAGUUGGUAACGCAGGUGUGUUGCCUAUUGUGAACUCAAUAGGUGCUGAAAUAUAUCCUAGCGAAGUUCGAGGCAUUAUGAACGGAAUCUUUGGCAUGGCUUGGUAUAUUUCGCUAUCUGUUAUUUUGAAAUUAUACCCUACGUUAAUGAAUAUUCUAGAUAUAAGGAUAAUUUUAUGGUAUUCUGCUGGAUUUUGCGUGGCCAUCGUCUUAUUUGGUAUAUUCAUUUUGCCUGAAACCAAAGGUAAAACGUUAAAUCAGGUGCAGCAGCAGUACUUUCAAAAAAAUAGAAAAAAUUUCAAAAAUGAAAACGCAGAAUUAUGAAAAUACAAGCUCCAAGUUAUGAUAGCAAAUUUUUUAGUCACAGAAUUAUUCUGUUCCAUUAUAGUUUUAGACUAUACCCUAAGGAAUUUAAUAAAUUUCUGAUUCAAUAUCAAAGUAUGGCAGGUAUUUCAAAAACUUUUAUUUCGAGAUCAUAAUUUGAGUUCAACUCUGUACUCGACAAUUUUCUAAAUUUGAAAUGAAUAAAUUAAAAAGUUUUGGUUGUGAUAGGAUAGGCCACAUAAUUCAACAGCCAGUAAAAUGUUACAAUAAGAACCUAAUUUUAAAAACUAUUUCAUGGAAAAUAAUUUUUUUGGGAAAUUACUGGUAAUGUCUUGGUAAAUUACUGGUUAUUUCUUGGUAAAUUACGCGUUAUUUCUUGGUAAAUUACUGGUUAUUUCUUGGUAAAUUACUGGUUAUUUCUUGGUAAAUUACCGGUAAUUUUCAGGUAAGUAACUGGUGAUUCUUAAGUAAAUAACUGGUG